AUGGAGUCUGAUCUUGGGUUUCGUUUCGAAGUCGUUCUCGGGAAAGUUGGGGUAGGAAUUAUCCUCACCGCAUUAGUGGCGGUCUUCAGGACUCCGCAUGAUAUACCGCAUUCUCAAAAGAUGAAUGAGUGCAUCUUGAAGAGUAGUGUCCACGCCAUCACGAUGGUGGCCUUUACUCGGGCAGUUUCUUCAGACGAUACAUUCUUUCCCACCUUGGCUUUGUUCAAUGAACUCCCAGGCGGCGGAGGACGCCAUGUACCUAUCUUUGAUCAAUAUCGUCAUAAUCUUAUUGCAACUGUGUUCACCGCAACCUCAAAUCCGAAUGACCCGGGGGGGGGGGCCCUGCACCAGCCCGCCAUCGGAGAAGAAGCGCUCAGGCUGAGCUCGUUGACAAAGUUAUGGUGUAUUCCGGACGAAUAA